ACAAGAGAGGGAGGGGGAAAAACCUCAACCCCCAAUUGCUCCGCGUUGCGUUGUACCGGCGUUUAUUUAAUCGAAAGCAGCUUCCUUUUACUCAUUCCAAACCUCUGGCGCAGCUAAUCCGCCUUCCCUUUCCUCCUCGCCUUCUCCAACGUCCCCACGAAAAAUAAAGCCAGAGUAGUGGAGUAAAACCACGCGAGAGGUCCCGCGAGAGGUGGAAAAACGCGCAUCAGGCAGAGCACCAGAAGCUCCGGCGCCGAAUUCGGGCGGCGCGCGGGAGAGUCUAACAGCUCCGGCAGCCUUCGGCUGCUGAGGCGGCCGCGCAAUUUUGCCCGGCGAAGUGGCUGGUUGGUGCGGCGGGAGUUUCCGGGAGGGUUCGGUCCCGGUUGUUGAGGGGCCGAAGUGUUGUUGGGGCGCGUGGAUCUGGCCGGAAGCUGCCGAUGGCGAGGAGGGAGUAGGGCCGGAUUGGAGGGAAAGGCGCGAUCUUGGGGGCUCCCAUGGGCGGAUGCUUCUCGCUGGAGGAGCACUGGCUCCAGAGCAGGCCAGCUGAAGCUGCUGGACCAGAUGGACUGAGGAAUUGCAAAUCUGAUUCUAAAGCUGUAGCUAGUGUUCUUGCCCCUCCAAAAGAUGUGGAGGACUUGCAAGUUGAAGGAUAUGGAAAUGUUAAUAUUUUCACGUACAAUGAAUUGAGAGCAGCCACAAAAAACUUCCGACCAGACCAAAUUCUUGGAGAGGGUGGGUUUGGAGUUGUUUACAAAGGUGUAAUUGAUGAAAAUGUUAGAGCAGGUUUCCCAUCGAGACAGGUUGCUGUGAAAGAACUAAACCCAGAGGGUUUUCAGGGAGACAAGGAAUGGUUGGCAGAAGUCAACUAUCUUGGGCAAUUUAGUCAUCCAAAUCUAGUCGAACUGAUUGGCUAUUGCUGCGAGGGUUCACAUAGACUGCUUGUCUACGAGUACAUGGCUUGCGGCAGCCUUGAAAAGCAUCUUUUUCGCCGGGUUUGCCUUAAUAUGCCAUGGUCAACACGCAUGAAGAUUGCGUUGGGUGCCGCAAGGGGGCUUGAAUACCUUCAUGGAGCCGAGAGGUCCAUCAUCUAUCGGGAUUUCAAGACAUCAAACAUUUUGUUAGACACGGAUUACAAUGCUAAGCUUUCAGACUUUGGUCUCGCAAGAACAGGACCUAGUGGAGACCAAACCCAUGUGUCAACCCGGGUCAUGGGAACUUAUGGAUAUGCAGCUCCAGAAUAUGUCAUGACUGGCCAUCUGACCGCACGAAGUGAUGUUUACGGCUUUGGUGUCGUGCUUCUAGAGAUGAUUAUUGGAAGGAGGGCUGUGGACAAGAGCCGGCCGACCCGUGAGCAUAACCUAGUUGAGUGGGCACGCCCCCUCCUCAUCCACAACCGGAAGCUGUUCAGGAUCAUCGAUCCAAGAAUGGAAGGGCAGUACUCCACCAAGGCUGCCAUUGAGGUGGCAAGCCUUGCAUACCGCUGCUUGAGCCAGAACCCCAAAGGACGACCAACCAUGAGCCAAGUUGUCGAGGUCUUUGAGGAGGUGCAGAACAUGCCUGAAUGCCAAGACAUACUCCUCCAGAACUCUAUCACAGGUGCUGUGACGCUCUACGAGGUCCCAAAGGAGCCUACAGAGAGUGUUGAGAUGGAGAAGGCCAAGCAGGAACCGGCAGUAAAAACUGACGUUGUGGCACCUGUGAACGGAAAGCCAGUCCCUCAGAGCAGGAGAACACGGUCGGCGAAUGUCCGGAGCAAGAGCGAGCCAUCUUUGGAGUCCAAGUUGUACAUCCCGUCACCAGACUCUGACGGACAGCAGCCCAGCCUGGAAGCGCUAGCGUACUCUUCCAGAAAUGGAAGUAGAAAGGACCCUCCUGACGAAGAUUUGUACAAGAUAUAACACAGAGCAGUUUUUUUUUACGACGAUUGAGCCUUCGCUACUCGCCUUUUACACUGGCAUCCACGUUCUCAAGAUCAGUAAGUCAGUGUUAAUUCUUUUCUCUGAUGGCGCAACCACCACGCUAGGUUUCUUGUUCUUCCGAUUAGCAAUUGCACGUAGAGAGUUGUGGAAGGCAUGCAAUGUGAAUGCCUGCCAUGACAACGCUGUAAAAACCUGAGAUGGUUCUUUUCUGGGAAAAUUUCCACACCAAAAAUGGAAGUGGAGAAUUGUGUCCUGACAGUUGUGCCGUUGCCAGUGUGUUGAGUUACUUGUAAAGAUGCUUGUUCUACGUUGUAAAAUUGAACAGUUCUCUGGGAAAUCAACACCACUGUGGAAAUUGAGAGAUUUGUCAGUGUCCAUA